CAGUGACUCCCGCUUCCCUUCUAGCAGAGAGGGAGUCAAUUUAUGGGAUGAAAAGGAGACUCUUUAAUGGUUCCCAUCAAAACCACUAAAAACAUCAUCGAACCGGCUGACUUUGGCGAGGAUUCCUCCGGCGGACUGCGACCUAAACAAACACGGAGAGACACUUUCAGGGGGGGUUUCAUCCGGGUCUGAACUUCCCAGGAGAGAAGAAGUUUUUCCCGACUCUUCCUUCCUUCCUUCCUUCGACAUUCAGGAUACUUUGGGAGGAAAAGCGACAAAACCGCCUUUUUGAAAAAUAAAAAAAUAUCUUUAAGUCAUUUAUUUCCACUGAAGUGAGUUCGGUGGUUAAUGUUUACAAAUGUUAGCGGUCGGGCAGAUGGACGCUAACCGGCAGAGUGCGUUCGUUCUGGGCAGCACCCCGCUGGCGGCGCUGCACAACAUGACCGAGAUGAAGACGUCGCUGUUCCCGUACGCGCUGCAGCACAGCCCGGCGGGCUUCAAGGCGCCCUCGCUGUCCAACCUCAGCUCGCAGCUCUCCGGGGGAACCCCGCACGGAAUAAGCGACAUUCUGGGGAGACCCAUCACCACCGCCGGGCAGCUGCUGUCCGGCUUCCCGCGGAUAAACGGGCUGGCGGCGACCACAGCGGCCGGGAUGUACUUCAGCCCCGCGGUGUCCCGGUACCCGAAGCCGCUGGCCGAGCUGCCCGGUAGGGCGCCCAUCUUCUGGCCCGGGGUGAUGCAGGGGGCCCCGUGGAGGGACCCGCGGGUUCCGUGUCCAACUCAGGCUAACCUCAUGGUGGACAAAGACGGCAAGAAGAAACACUCCAGGCCGACGUUUUCCGGACAGCAGAUUUUUGCUCUGGAGAAAACCUUCGAGCAGACCAAAUACCUGGCUGGACCCGAGCGAGCCCGGCUGGCCUACUCCCUAGGAAUGACCGAGAGUCAAGUAAAGGUUUGGUUCCAGAACCGGAGGACCAAGUGGAGGAAGAGGCACGCCGCAGAGAUGGCCUCAGCCAAGAAGAAGCACGACUCUGAGACGGAGAAGAUGAAGGAGAGCUCGGACAACGAGGAGGACGACGAGUACAACAAGCCGCUGGACCCCAACUCCGACGACGAGAAAAUCACGAGACUGUUGAAGAAGCACAAGGCCACCACCAACCUGGCGCUGAUCAGCCCCUGCAGUAACAGCUCGGACACCUUGUGAUGGACAGAGCAGCGGGAGACCCGUCCCACUCAGCUCCCACCUGAUAUAGCAAUGUGCAUCUGAUGGGAAGCGCAAUUUAUUAUUAUUUUUUCUGUUUCAUUUUGCUCGGGCAGAGAAAAUUGCCAGAGAGGGGGGCUUCAUCUAAACUGGACACGAGGCGCUCCAGAACUCCUCGUCCGAGCUGAACUUGAAGGAAGAAAAA